AUGGCUAACAAAGGUCUCAAGAUUUGCUUGGUCUUGUCUUUCUUAUUCCUGAUCAUUCUUACAGCUGUCGUUGUAACCUUAUUUUUAACAAUUUUCAAACCCAAGGAUCCUAACAUCACGGUCCGACCUGUUGGUCUUGAAAACUUUAACUUGUCCCUUUUGACCAAUUUGACUGCAAAUGUGAGUCUGGGAAUGGUGAUCACUAUGGAGAAUCCAAACUAUGGUAGCUUUGAAUACCCCAAAGCCACUGGUUAUGUGAAUUUUGAUGAUAGCAUUGUGGGUGAAGUUCCGAUAGAGGGAGAGUUAGUGCCAGCACGUGACCAGAUUGCUGUGAACACGUGGGCCAAUUUCAUGGUAGAAAAGUUGGUCACUGAUACCAAAUUUUGGAAUGAUGUUCUAAGUGGAUCGCUGAAUUUCACAUCAACAGCUGCACUGCCAGGGAAAGUUCAUAUGUUCAAGAUUUUGAAGUUGAAAGCCACUGUUUAUACCACUUGUGACUUCUCCAUUAACAUAACUUCUAGGAAUGUUGAUAACAAAUGCUUUUCCAAAAUCAAGUUUUGA